ACUACUUUUCUACCUCACUCCAAAAGCUCAAGCUCCCAGAUCUCUCCAAUGGCGAACGCCUGGAAACGAGAAAAACCCUCAAAAUUCGUCUCCAUCAAAUCCCUUCUCGUCCUCCUCGUCCUCAUCUCCCUUCUCCUCUUCUUCUUCUCCUCCUCCCCUUUCUCCUCCUCCUCCUCCAUCCAAAACCCUAAUCCCCAAACCCUCAAAACCCUAACCCUAACCUCCCCAAAAUUCCAUCCCUUCAACUGCCUCACCUCCCCUCAAGCCUCCCCCGUCAUCGCCAGCCUCGUCGAAGGCGUCACCCAUCCAUUCCUCUUCUCCCUCUCCGACUUCGGAUCGCUCCCCGAUAAACCCCACAAAAACAUUCAGAGAAUUCUCAAAGGGAAACCCUUUCGGAGGCCCGAUAUCUCGGUGACGAUACAGGAGAUUCUUGCGAAGAAGAAGGGUAGUGAUGGGAUUGUUGUGGAUGUUGGGGCUAAUGUUGGGAUGGCGACGUUCGCGGCGGCAGCGAUGGGCUUUCAGGUUGUGGCGUUCGAGCCCGUGUUUGAGAAUUUGCAGAGGGUUUGUGAUGGGGUUUUCUUGAAUAGGGUUUGGGAGAGGGUGGCGGUUUUUCAUGCGGCAGCGUCAGAUAGAAUUGGGAAUGUGACCAUUCAUAAGGUGGUUGGUCGCCUUGACAACAGUGCAAUUUCUGCAACGGGUGCAAAACUAGCAUUCAAGUCUAACCAAGAUAUCGCCGUGGAGGUAGCCACUAUUCCACUUGACGAAGUCAUUCCAAAGAAUGAACGCGUGCUCUUAAUCAAAAUCGAUGUCCAAGGUUGGGAAUCCCAUGUGCUAAGAGGCGCCAAAAAAUUACUCUCAAGGAAAGCAGGUGAAGCCCCCUAUCUUAUAUACGAGGAAGAUGAACGACUAUUGCAAGCUAGCAACAGCAGUACCGAGGACAUCCGGAAGUUUCUUGGCACUGUCGGUUAUCAUCUUUGUACCAAGCAUGGCACCGAUGCUCACUGUACGAAGGAUUCAUGAUCAGAUGCUAUUCCUAAGCUGAAGACCUUGGCAGAAUUGGCACCAGGGAGGAUGACAAUGUAUCAGAAAAAAUGGUAUCCACGGUCUUAGUUGUGAAAUUAUGAUGUAUCAUAUUAUGAUAUGAUUUGGUUCAAUUCUUUCAUUCACUGGCCUUAAAUGGAAGUUGGUGUUUGCUUGGGAUACGUUACUCCCUGGAGGUCCAAAGAUUGUAGACUUAAUUCUUGCUCGGUGUCUCUAAAUGCUUAUUUCCCACAGGUGAUGAGCUCUGUCAAAAGAAAAUGCAGAUGAGACUGUACAUUGGCGAUAAAUUGAUUCUGCUGCAGUAUAUAACUGAUUGCAACUUUUU